AGUAGUGACGUUUACCAAUACGCCGAUGAGAAAUUCUCCGGCCGGCGAGGUGUUCGUGAGUCUAAAGACGGGUGAUUGAAAGCCUUUAGUAUAGCAGUGAGCGAAGUAUAUUAGCGUCGCUCACUCCAAAUUUCCUUGUUCGUGUCGGUGAGCGAAGUUCGUAUCAUCGGCGAUAUCUGCGAUGGCUGCCGGGCCAAUCACCGAAAGAAAUCAAGAUGCAACGAUCUACGUUGGUGGAUUGGAUGAAAAAGUGGCCGAGUCAACGCUGUGGGAACUAUUUGUUCAAGCUGGUCCAGUUGGUGCGUACAUGGAUAUCGUUAAUGUUCACAUGCCGAAAGACAGAAUUUCACAGUUGCAUCAAGGGUAUGGAUUCGUGGAAUUUCUCGGCGAAGAAGAUGCGGAUUACGCGAUUAAGAUCAUGAAUAUGAUCAAGUUAUUUGGGAAGCCUGUCAGAGUGAACAAGGCAUCAGCACAUCAGAAGAACCUCGACGUCGGUGCGAAUUUGUUCAUUGGCAACUUGGAUCCUGAAGUUGAUGAAAAACUUCUGUACGAUACUUUUUCCGCGUUUGGUGUCAUUCUACAAACACCCAAAAUCAUGAGGGAUCCGGAGUCCGGUAAUUCAAAAGGGUUUGCUUUCAUCAACUUCGCGAGUUUCGAAGCAUCAGAUGCCGCCCUGGAAGCAAUGAAUGGGCAAUAUCUUUGUAACCGCCCUAUCGCCAUCAGUUACGCCUUCAAGAAAGAUGCCAAAGGGGAACGUCACGGCUCAGCAGCUGAACGUCUUCUAGCUGCCCAAAAUCCCCUAUCUCAAGCUGACCGUCCGCAUCAGCUUUUUGCGGACGCACCACCUCCGCAACAUGUUCAACAAAUGAUGCAGUCAUCUUCGUCUAGAAUGAUGCAGGCUGCUCCGAUGGCGCCGCCGCCGCUACCACCAGGCAUGCCCCCGGGAGGCAUGGGAGGUCCAGCUAUGGGUUACAGACCUCCAUUGCCACCGGGUAUGCCCCCUGCAGCUGCGAGUGGUGCAAGUUAUUAUCCUCCGAGUUACAUGCCUCCGCCUCCUCCUCCUGUUGUCCAAACUGGCAUGACGGGGUAUCCGCCGCCACCUCCGGGAAAACCAGCUGGACAACCGCUGCCUCCACCGCCGCCACCGCCUAGUAUUCCCGGACAGAUGCCGUGGAACACCCAAGGUGCGCGCCCUCCGCCACCUGGUCCUCCGCCAGGAGCUCUAAGACCACCACCGCCUCCACCUCCUGGUCUUCGAGGGUGGGGUGGUCCAGCUCCCCAAUAUCCACCGAGUGGUUAUCCCGGUGGAGAUCCAUCUCAAAUGCCUGGGUAUCCUGGAGGAAUGCCUCAGUGGCCAACGCGUCCGCCACCACCGCCGCCAAUGAACUGA